UUGGCUCGCAUCCAGAUUACAAUCCACCCAUCUGACACACACUGCCAACAGAGAAGAAGACUGCAGACAUCCACAGCUCUGUUUUCAUCUCUCAUAGCCAUGCAAAACUGACCGCUUUUCCUCAUCUACGUACCCCUUUGACACCGGGAAUGAAGACUUUGGAGUUUAUAUUAACACAAGAAUAGUAUGCUGGACGUGGGAAAGUGGCCAGUGUUCGCCCUCCUGCCCCCUGAGGAGCUGCGGCUCGUCCGUCAAGCCUGUGUGUUCGGCAGCGCUGCCAAUGAGGCCAUCUACGUUACCGUCAAUGAUGAGGUGUUUGCACUGGGAACAAACUGCAGUGGCUGUCUGGGGCUCGGGGACACGCAGAGCACCAUUGAGCCCAGGCGGAUCGACAUUUUGUGUGGGAAGAAAAUUGUCUCUUUAAGCUAUGGCACAGGGCCACACGUGGUCAUCGCCACUGCAGAUGGAGAAGUUUUUGCCUGGGGUCACAAUGGCUACAGUCAGCUGGGUAAUGGCACCACCAACCAUGGCCUGACUCCUGCCCUGGUUUCCACCAACCUCAUCAGCAAGAGGGUGACAGAGGUGGCCUGUGGCUCUCACCACACCAUAGCCCUCACAACAGAGGGAGAGGUGUUUGCCUGGGGCUACAACAACUCCGGGCAGGUGGGCUCCGGAUCCACGGCCAACCAGCCCACCCCACGCAGGGUCAGCAGCUGCCUGCAGAACAAGGUGGUGGUCAACAUCGCCUGUGGACAGCUCUGCUCUAUGGCUGUCCUGGACAAUGGAGAGACAUAUGGCUGGGGUUAUAACUGCAAUGGGCAGCUCGGUUUGGGCAACAAUGGCAACCAGCAAACCCCCUGCCGGAUCGCUGCCUUACAGGGAAUCAACAUCAUACAGGUUGCAUGUGGAUACGCACACACAUUGGCUCUUACAGACGAGGGAUUUGUUUACUCUUGGGGUGCAAACUCCUACGGGCAGCUGGGUACGGGCAACAAGAGCAAUCAGGCUGUGCCCACCCUCAUCAACAUGGACAAGGAGAGAAUGGUGGAGGUAGCUGCAUGUCACACCAGUCACACAUCGGCGGCGAAAACACAGAGCGGUCAGGUGCUUAUGUGGGGUCAGUGUCGGGGUCAGGCCGUGGCUUACCCUCACCUCACGCACUUCACCAGCACUGACGAUGUCUUCGCCUGCUUCGCCACACCGGCGGUCACCUGGCAUCUCCUGUCUGUGGAUGGAGAUGACUACCUGACUGUUGCCCAGUCCCUAAAGCGAGAGUUUGACAGCCCAGAAAUCUCUGACCUAAAGUUCCUGGUUGAUGGCAAGUGUAUUCACGUGCACAAAGCCCUUCUUAAAAUCAGGUGCGAGCAUUUCCGAGCACUGCUGAACGAGACUGAUGAAGAGACCAUAGAGAUUCAUCAGUUCUCUUAUCUGGUGUAUCGCGCGUUCCUGGAGUACCUGUAUACUGAUACCAUCAACCUCCCACCUGAGGACGCUAUUGGUCUGCUGGAUUUGGCCACAUACUACCGUGAGAGCCGUCUGAAAAGACUGUGUCAGGAGACCAUCAAGAGAGGCAUCACAGAGGAGAACGCUAUAACACUGCUCUCAGCUGCUGUCAAGUAUGAAGCACGGGAUCUGGAAGAGUUCUGUUUCAAGUUUUGCGUUAACCACCUGACGGCCGUCACUCAGACGCAGGCCUUCGCCGACAUGGACCACGAUCUGCUGAAGAACUUUAUCAGCAAAGCCAGCCGCUACGGGGCCUUCAAAAACUGACUGAGAGAUGGAGUCUAGGCAGGUAUUCUGCUCAGGCUCUGCUACAUCCAGGCAUGUUAACUCAUAUGCCUCAGAUCUGGAGAGAGUUACGCCAAAUUCCUGUGGUUUGAGCGUGAAGAAGUGGAAAGCCACUGCACUGGUUUUCUUCUGGGUCCCAGUGCCUUUAAAUUGCAUUCCCAUUUGAAGCCCUACAUAAGCGGAGGAAUUUAAGACUAGUGUCUCUGAUUCAAAGGGAUGAGACGAGUUUAAAAAGAUUGUAAUGAAAUAGCUAAACAAACAAACACCACUGAGGUGCUCUACGAGCAAGGGAUUCAUCUGUGCAUAAGCAAAAGGGAAGAACCAUCUUAUGUAGGAGAUAAUUGAUGGAAUUAUUGAAAUUACUGAAUUAUUGUUUAGGGUCAGGGUUACCAAAUCCAUCUCUUGCUGUCAUGAUGGCCUUUAUAAAGCAGGCCAACAGCCGAACCUCCUGCAGAGUUUCAAAGAUAAAGCUGUCAUAGGAUAUCAUGAUUUCAUUUUUUUUCUUCUUCUGGCAUUAGAAGUAAUUUUACACUCUAAAAUGUCAUAUAAGUGAAGUGUAGCGUCAUUUUUAAAUUUAGUAUCAAGUGACUUUGGCACCAAUUUCAUUUACAGAUCCAACUAAUGUCAUUUAUGUUAUUUUUUUACUGACAAUAAUGUUACUUUUGAUAUGUUUGCACUAUUUCUCUGUAACAGUGUUAUUUUGAAUAGGUCAAUGUCCGAAAGGUCAAUGUCUGUGCUUUUGUCCAGUCAUAUUUUUACAAGCACUAACAUGAGUGAAUCUUGCAAAAAAAAAAAAAAAAAUCUGUCAAGAAAAUGUCCAAACCAUACUUCACCCCAAAAUCAAAAGGCAAAAAUAAUAAAUUCUGUUUUGCAUAAAGGAAAGAUAUUUAAAAUGCAUUUUCCCCAACUCUCAAUAAAUAAUUUUAAUUAAUUUUUUACAUUUGGAGUGAAAUAUGAGCAGGACAUUUCUUCAUGGCAUUCACCCAUUUGCACUGCUAUUGUUGAGAAACGAUGCCGUCUGGUGGUGAUGAUGCAAAACUAAUCAUGUGUCCAUAUUCUGUUAAACAAUUCAUUUUCCAUUGACAGCUAAAGAUUUUCUUGUACCCCCAGUAAAUCCAAACUCUUCCUAGAUAUUUUUUAUCACUUAUUAUAGCAUCUGCCAACCUACCCAAUCUUGAAAUAGCACUUGAAACAACAAGCAUAUGUUUUAUUCCAAGGGUUUACAGUAAGUUAAGAGGUGUUAAUCAGGCACAACCUGAUGUCAGAGAGCACUUUCACUCUCUCCGUGUGUUCUUGAUGGUCAGUUGUUACAGUCUGUUCAUAUUUGUUUACACGCAGUCAGGGGUUUCUGUUCUGUUGUGGAUACAUGAUUUCCUUCUUUUGUAACCCCGUCAAUGAGGGUCAGUACUGCUAACCCUGCCGAUUGCCAAGAAGAGGGUCUGUUAAAUGUUCCCAAGUGGUCAUUUAACACUUGAAUAAUCUCUGUUUUAAGAUGAUACCAAACUGCUUGUUUUCCUUUAAGCAAAUGUCAUACAGCACUUUGAAUAUUUAAAUAAAUGUUGAAACUGAUGUGCUACAUAA